UUUGUAGAAUCCCUUUCGUCGCCGACGCAUACGUCUCAUUAGUCAUUACAAUUUACAKGGUCAUAACUCUCAUUAAUUUCAUUGCACUGUCGUCGAUAAGCUUACAAACGUAAAUAUGUGCAUAGCGAUCACCACUGUUGCAGUCGGAAGCCAAUGAUUCCGGAAUUUGAGAUUCGCAAUUUCWCAUCAUCAAACGGACGAAGAAAACCGCUACAGUGCCACUGUACAGUACAAGUACAACCUGCUACACCAUAGUACCACACCGGCCCGGCCAUACCCGAAGCACACGCGCACGCGCACACUUGGCAGAGCUUACGCACUCACACGACAAUGUCGGUGGCGCGUCGGGCGUAGGCGACUAGCGAUCCGUGAAGACAAGACGCGGCGGCGGCGGCGGCGGCGUGCCCUAUUCCUAUAAUCUUGUUAUUGAUCGUUUAUUGUUGCGCGUUUGUUGUGACCGACGCCGCUCCUAGCAACGGGAGAGAAGCCGUAGCCAUAGUCACCAUGAACGCCUUUUUCCGUCAACAAUUCAKGUGAACGAUUAACAACGAACAAAAUAAUAAUAAUAAAUAAACAAAAAAUGCAUUUAUGUUUGGUUAGUUCGUUGUACACACACGACGUUUACGACUAACAGAACGUAACUGACGUUAGUCAAAAACUUUUGUUUUCGUCCUUACAAAAAACCAAUAGUAACCGUUUGUGUGUGUGUGUGUGUGUGUGUGUGUAUGUGUAUGUAUGUAUGUUUAUAUGUGCGUAUAUGUGUACUUGUAUACGUUCUCGUUCGUAUGUAUGCGUGUAUAUUCACAGGUAUACAUCAACAUCAGUGACGUCCCAUCCCAAUCGAAACCUAUGAAACGCUUCUGGGAGAGUCGUCCGAUAAUCGAACAGUAAUUCCAUGGCGACUUCUGUAAGGAGUGGAAUCAAAUUAGAAGGGUCAGCAGGUACUGGUUCCCAAAUUAGUACUAUAACAGUUGUAACGGCUGGUGGGGUUGGUCAAACUCUUGUUGUACAACCAGUACAACAAACUUCCGUAGUGCGUACGUCCAUUGACCAGAAUGUUAAUAGUAGUAGACAACUUGAAAAUGCUAUACUGUGUGGAACUAGUCCAGUUCAUGAUGACGGAUCCGAUAAAUCAAUGGAUGAUGACCAUAUAGAUCAUAAAGAUAGGAUUUCUUCGACGGUUACUGUUGAUAAUGGCCAUUAUAUUGUGGCAGCAUCAGAAGGGACUCAAGGACGAUCUUAUACUUCUCUUACACCAGUACCAACAUUGGUUCCYGAAACAGAAUCUGUUGGUUCUGAUGAUGUUGGCCAUUCUACUUAUGUACAAUAUGUUGAAGGAACUGGUGAACAAGCAAUUUUCACAAAUGGACAAAUGGCAUACCCAGUUUAUACUGUGGGUGAGAGUGGAACAAUGUAUCAAACUGGUCAAACCCAUUAUUACACUCCAAGCACAAAUUCUUAUUCUCAAGUUACAAACACCUUAGGACAACCUACAUGUCAGGCACAAAUUAUUGGUAAUGGAACCUAUAUUAUACAACAGAAUGUUGACAAUGAUCAUACUAUUAUUGCUACCGCUCAAAGAGACAGCCCGAAUUCCGUUAUAUCUUCGGAUGUGUCAUAUCUUACAGUAAACGCUACUGAGUCUGGCACAACAAACACAAGUAUAGAUCAACUGAAUGGUGUUGAGUCAGAUGGAGGAAUGCAAAACUCUGGUCUUAUGCACGCAAAUAGAAUUUCUCCUGCAACUGUCAACUGGCUGAUGGAAAAUUAUGAAAUGGCUGAAGGAGUGUCAUUACCUCGAUCAACUUUAUAUAAUCAUUAUCUAACACAUUGCUCGGAAACUAAAAUUGAUCCUGUAAAUGCAGCGUCAUUUGGUAAACUAAUCCGAUCUGUGUUUAUGGGAUUACGUACUAGGCGCUUAGGAACUCGUGGGAAUUCCAAAUAUCAUUAUUAUGGCAUUAGAAUUAAGGCAAGUUCAUUAUUAAAUGAUUUUUCCUCUGAUGAAAACCUACCUGGGCGAACAAAUCAAAGUAGUAGUUCGAAAAAAAUUAAAUUCAUUAAAACUGAAGAACGAAACUGUAAUCAAUACACAACCAAUAGUUCAGAUUCUGCUAAUUGUUCUCAGAACAGUAUUCCAUCUUCUCCUCAAGCACAAAACCAAGAAUAUUUAGGUGAUGGUGCUAAUGCUGUACCAGAAUUUCCUGAUAUUAUUUUGGAUGAAAUACAAUUGGAUGAUAAUUGUACUUUAGAAGAUGUAGAUACAUUCAAAAAUUUGUACCGUGAACAUUAUGAAGCGUUUUUAGGUGCCAUAUUGAACUUAGAAUUUGGCACUAUUGAGUCACUUUGGCGUGAAUUUUGGCGUAGUCAAGAUAAUAAUAAUGAUGAAUGUGAAGAAGAAAAAUAUUUAUCUAAAGAAAAAUUAUAUUCAUUGUCAAAGUGCAAAACAUUACAACUGUUUGUAAAAACUGUUGAUUUUCUAUUUUAUCAAAACUUGGUGAAAGUUUUGAUUCCAGAUGUUCUCCGCCCAGUUCCUGGAACAUUAACACAAGCCAUUAGAAAUUUUUCCAAAGGCUUAGAGUCAUGGCUUAUAUCUGCAAUGCAAGGGUGCCCAGAAGAAAUGAUCUCAAUAAAAGUGACUGCUGUUAGUGCCUUUGCACAAACCUUACGCCGAUAUACUUCGCUUAAUCAUCUUGCCCAAGCAGCAAGAGCUGUGCUUCAAAAUUAUACCCAAAUUAAUCAAAUGCUUACUGAUUUGAAUCGUGUGGACUUCCGUAAUGUACAAGAACAAGCAUCUUGGGUGUGCCAAUGUGACUCGACUUUGGUCCAACAACUGGAAGCGGAUUUUAAGCAUACUUUACAACAACAAAAUUCCUUAGAAGAAUGGGCAACUUGGUUAAAAAGUGUUGUGGAUAAUUGUUUGAAACAAUAUCGUGAUACACCUAAUUUCACAAAAGAAGCUAGGCAAUUUUUAUUAAAAUGGUCAUUUUAUAGUUCAAUGGUAAUACGUGAUUUGACAUUACGUUCAGCUGCUAGUUUUGGAUCGUUUCACCUAAUACGCCUGCUCUAUGAUGAGUAUAUGUUCUAUUUAAUUGAACAUGAAGUGGCUCUAGUCACAGGAGAAACACCAAUUGCAGUAAUGGGUUCAGGAGAUAAAACUAUACCCACAGAAGUUCUGAUUGACUAUGACUCCACAGAGUACACUAAUUGCAAUGGAAAACGCAUGAAAAUGAACUAGUCGCCAUGCCAUAAUAUUAUGUAUUUAA